UUUCUCAGGUCAAAGGUUAAGGGUUAAAGUUUCAACAAAAGCAAGUCAUCGUCCGCUGAUAUCCGACAAAAAGCUUUGAAAAUCUCAUUUUCAAGAUAGAACUCAUCAACAAAUUUCAACAUGUUUGGAUUUCAGAUGUUCGGGCAGAUCCCUCAGCAGUUCAAUAAGCAGUAUCGAUGCUACUCCGUGUCGAUGCUGAAUGACAGGCAGGAUGUCGAACGAGGAGGGAAAAUCAUCAUGCCUCCAUCAGCUUUGGAUGUGUUAACACGGCAAAACAUUGUGUACCCGAUGCUUUUUAAAUUGACGAAUAAAAAAAUGGACCGAAAAACUCACUGCGGAGUGUUGGAGUUCGUCGCUGACGAAGGGAAAGUUUACAUUCCAUAUUGGAUGAUGAGGAAUUUACUCCUAGAUGAAGGUGAUUUAUUGACAGUUGAGAGCAGCAGUCUGUCCGUGGCAACCUACUCCAAGUUUCAGCCUCAGUCUGUGGACUUCCUAGACAUCUCAAACCCCAAAGCAGUUCUUGAGAAUAUCCUGCGUGGUUUUGCCUGCCUUACCAAAGGGGACAUGGUUGCAAUCAAGUACAAUGAUAAGAUUUAUGAGUUGCAGGUUUUGGAGACGAAGCCUAGUGAUGCUGUAUCCAUCAUUGAAUGUGAUAUGAGUGUGGAAUUUGCGGCCCCCGUCGGUUACGUUGAACCGGAGAGACAAAAACAGGCUGAGCAAGACACAGAGGAUAUGCAGGUUGACGGUCCCGGCUCUACACAAUAUGUAGACACAGAUGCAUUCAUGGCUUUUCAGGGUCAGGGCAAUCGUUUAGACGGCAAAAAGAAACACUCGGAUGCCAAACCAGUCCCCCUGACUGCGGCUGUUUUGAAAAGGGGUAUUCCAAACUACGAUUACCAGAAGGGGACGAUAACAUUUAUCAGAACAGCCAAGCCAGCAGUUACCAAUGGCACAAAUAGUGAGGAUGUUCCGGACUUGUUUGAGGCAUUCAAGGGAGAGGGGCAGAAAUUACGUCAAAAGCACAAAAAGAAAUGAUACAGCUUUGAUCAUAGAAGACUUUAGAAUAUGAUAUUUAUGUGAAACAACUUUGUAAGAUAUGGUAAUUGGUAUGCACUACAAGGACAUUGCCAGAAUUUCCGUUGGCCACAAGUCUCGGUAUUCCCGGGAAAUAGUUUUCAUCAUUACCGGCAGGAUCUGAGUUGAAGAGUCUCCAAGUGCAUCAUGGAAAACAGGGCUGCUUCCAAGAUGUCAAUAAGCGAGAUAUCGUCAUUUAACAUAGCAUCUUCUGAAUUGUGCCAAGAUCCAUCAAGAAUAUUUUGUGAAAAGUACAGGUGUGAAUGUUGGCAGGUGUCGCUAGAUUGAGGGAAGGGGGGGGGGGGGACACAACCCCGCCCCAACCCUGCCACAACUUUUUGUCUUUGGCAAAAUUGUGUGAAAACAAAAACACUACUUAGACAAGAUGCUAAACGUGGAUAUGUAGGCCUACGUAAUGAAUAUAAUGGUACCAUCAAGAUUGCCAUGAAGUUUAUGACCCAAUUACAAUGGAAUUUGAAACAGCAUGGUUCCUAGCAGUGUGGGUGUUUUUUUUUUUGGGGGGGGGAGAGGGGAGGGUGUGGAUGAGGCAUUAAGUCAACACAUAUAGACCAAAGGUCUGAAGCAAUGAGUCCAAUACUGAGUGAUGACCUUAUUCAGGGAGCAUAAACUUACAAGGUAAAUUGAACACAUGUUUGCUUAAUAGAAAAAAUAAUACAAAUACUUAUUUUCAAUUAAGAAUAAAACAAGAAAGCUGCCAAAAUGCUGUAUUAUAAAUGUAUAAUACUAACAACUGAUUUUCAGCAGAUUGAUACAAUGUAUGGAAAUUAAAUUUGCUGAGGAAUAUUUCUUUUUUGCCGCUAAGCAGAAAGCGACAUCUGAAAGCUGCAUGAUUGUAUCUGCCUGUAAACAUCUAAAUGACAUUAAUUCCACAUCUCAAUGGCAUCAAUUUCAUAGAUCGUGGCGGAGUGACGUCAUCCGAUGAAAACUUCUACAUGUUUUCAUUUGCACACCAGUUUUCAUCAGUUACAUGUACUGUGUGUUAUUAUUCAGCACGCCAGAAUCAAGAGCCUCGUGUUUCAA